AGUUACUGUCAGACGGUGUGUAUGCGUAAGCAGUCCUACAGAAAUAUUCGCGGCGUGGAGAAAAAUAAAUUUUAACACUUAAAGAGGUGAAAAACGCAGUGUGUUUUGAAAAUUAUGUAAAAAGUUGUACGUGAAACGGGUGUCUGUGUUAUAUGAUAUCAACUUGUGUGAAAUUAAUAUGCAUUUAGUGGAAAUCAAUUUCCACAAUGCAUUGAAUCGGUGACCUACGAUAGUGUUGGUCUAAAAUGGCGUCGAACUUCAUGGAAAGUUAAAUGGCGUCCCAUUAAAAAGAACGGAAAAGUACACAUUAAUAUGGUGCAAUAUUUGUAAGCAAAAGGUUUAAAAAAGGAAGAGUGAGGAAGGAAGGUGUUACGAGAAUUGUAAAAAUCAAAUGACUCGUCGUAAUCACAAUCGUUGGCUUCGUCGCAAUCGCCACAGUUUAUGUAUGUGUGUCUCGUACGUUUUUGAAAAACGAUGCUUGUAGUAAAAGUGAACAAAAAAGAACAGCGAAAAUAAGCUAAGUAAUAAGUGAAUAACUAAAACGUACAUAUAAAAGUAGAAAAGGCGACUUGUUAACGUCAUCGUGUCAUACUGAGACCGAAGUGCACUGAACGAACAAACGCACGGGCGCUUCAUAUGACUCGCCUAGUGGUUGGCGUACAUAUAUAACUACAUGCAUAUUUGCAUUUUUAUAAUUGUUUUGGAAGAAUACUAAUUCUGAAGAAGUGUAACAUAAAUAAAAAUUAAAUCAAGAAAAUAAAACAACACUGAGACUAGGAACGGGAUUGUUGCGAGCAAGUUGGCAAAAAGACAAGUCCCAGCAAUUGAACAGUAUCUGUGGAAAAUCUCUACGCAUCUAUUGUUGUUGUGAUAAUAAAGCACAAAUAAGUCAGUGAGUGAGGUCAGAGCGCGUUUACAAGCUGUGCUUGUUUACAUUGCGGUGUCGGUGUCGUUGUCUUCGCUAAAGUUUUCGCCACUUUUACAUUCACCGCAUCGUCGUAUCAACGCUGUUUGUCGUUAUUCUGCGUUUUUUUUUUUUUACAUUUUUCUUCUUUUUUUGUAUUGCAUUCCGUUUUGUUCCAUUGUCGCUUUGGAUGCCAACAUAAUCAUUUGUGUGAUAAGUCAACGCGUUGUUAUCAAUUUUGUUUUUUUGUGAUUUGUGUUUAUUGGAAAAGGCCUCACCACGAAUUACCUGACGUUCUCUUCGUCGCGGCGGUCAACUGUAGUCGCAACAAGUGGUGGUAAAACACCAGCCGCCAGCACUACAGCGCUCGCCACUUCAGCAGGAUCUGUUUCUGCUUCAUCGAGUGUCUCGUCGUCCUCGUCAGCGCUUGGAUUGCUGAGUUCGAGUUUCGUCGCCACAUUCUCAAAUCCUUUCAGCAGCAGUAGUAGUAGUAAUAACAGUAAUAACAAUAGUAAUAGUAACAACACUGCCGCCUACGCGAACAUAGAAGACCCGGCAUUAAUAAGAGGAGCAGCAAACUCUGCUCUGCCGCCAACAUCGUACUACACAAAACCGCAACAGCAACAACAACAACAAAGUUAUCAGCAGCAAACACAAAAUCGUUCGUCAACUGCUACAACAACGAGUACUUAUUUUCAGCACACGCCAAACAGUAGUGGCAGCAUACAACGUGCAACAAUGGCUGCUAGUGGCACAGCUGCACCGAAUAGCAGCAGCAGUACAGCUGCGAUUGGCCUAGCGCCCACAUAUGAGCCGCUUGGCGGUGGUCCACACGCUACCAUCGUUAAGGAGGGUUGGUUACAGAAGCGAGGCGAACACAUAAAAACCUGGCGUUCACGGUAUUUUAUACUGCGCGAUGACGGCACCUUGAUGGGCUAUAAAAGUCCGCCGGUGAAUAAUGCACCCGCUGAUCCAUUAAAUAAUUUCACAGUACGCGGUUGUCAAAUUAUGACAGUCGAUCGACCCAAACCGUUCACUUUUAUUAUACGCGGUCUACAAUGGACCAAUGUUAUCGAGCGUACAUUUUGUGUGGAAAGAGAGAUCGAACGGCAACAGUGGACCGAUGCCAUCAGAAAUGUAGCGAGUCGCUUGAGUGAGCUGGGCGAAACGGCCAUGUCACCCUCGACCUCAACAGACAUGUCUGAUGUGGAUAUGGCAUCUAUUGCCGAAGUGGAACUGCGUAACAGUUUUUCAGUGCAGGGCACAACGAAACGCAGUAGUGGCGGCGUUAAAAAAGUCACGCUUGAAAAUUUCGAGUUUAUAAAAGUGUUAGGCAAAGGCACAUUUGGCAAAGUAAUUCUGUGUCGUGAGAAGGCCACUGCAAAGCUGUAUGCAAUUAAAAUUCUCAAAAAAGAAGUUAUCAUACAAAAAGAUGAGAUCGCGCACACCAUCACUGAGAGUCGUGUGCUGCAAACUACGAAUCACCCCUUCCUAAUUUCACUUAAAUAUUCAUUUCAAACAAACGAUCGUCUGUGUUUUGUGAUGCAAUACGUAAAUGGCGGUGAAUUAUUCUUUCACUUGAGCCGUGAACGUAUUUUCAGCGAGGAUCGCACUCGAUUCUAUGGUGCUGAAAUAAUUUCCGCCUUGGGUUACCUACACUCGCAAGGCAUUAUAUAUCGUGAUUUAAAGCUGGAAAACUUAUUGCUGGACAAAGAUGGACACAUUAAGAUCGCUGACUUUGGGCUGUGUAAAGAGGAUAUUACGUAUGGUCGUACAACGAAAACGUUUUGCGGUACACCCGAAUAUCUGGCGCCUGAAGUAUUAGAGGACAACGAUUACGGGCAUGCAGUCGAUUGGUGGGGCACCGGUGUCGUCAUGUAUGAGAUGAUAUGUGGACGUCUUCCUUUCUUUAAUCAAGAUCAUGAUGUACUCUUCACACUUAUCUUAAUGGAGGAGGUGAGAUUCCCCCGCACAAUUUCUGAUGAGGCGCGUAGUUUACUUGCCGGACUUUUGGCUAAGGAUCCACGUCAACGUUUAGGCGGUGGACAAGAUGAUGUCAAAGAGAUACAAGCACAUCCCUUCUUUGCGAGUAUUAAUUGGACGGAUUUAGUGAAUAAGAGGAUAACACCGCCUUUUAAACCACAAGUAGUGUCCGAUACAGAUACACGUUACUUCGAUACAGAGUUCACGGGUGAAAGUGUGGAAUUGACGCCGCCAGAUCCUGCUGGUACAUUGGGUUCCAUAGCAGAAGAGCCACUUUUCGCGCAGUUCAGCUACCAGGACAUGGCAUCCACAUUAGGUAAUUCAUCGCACAUCAGCAGCUCGGCUGGUCUUGCAUCGAUGCAAUAGAAUCGAAUAAAAUGCGUAUGACGUUAUAAUCGCCAACGUCGUUACCAAUUUGUUGAUCGUCCUUAUGAUCAUUACUGCCAUCAUUGUCAUCAGCAUCACCGUCAUCCAUAUUUUGAGAAGCAACAUCAGCAACAGCAACAAAAACAAUACCAAUUGCAAAAUAGCAAAGAAACAAGCAAAGCAAGUGAAGCAGCCACAAUUGCUGUUGAAAGCAAAUUCCGUAACGUCGAUGCUGCCGCAAGCCAAGUCACCGCCACAGCGCGCACACCAACACCACAUGAAGGACAAAGACAAUAUUGUUUUGGUCUUAUCAAAACUGUAGCGCUCGCCUAGUUUGCGCGCUGCAGCAUCUCUUCUACUACUAAGGCAACAUGAAAUAGUUGCAUGAUAACGGACAACAGCACCGCGAUGUGUAUAUGCACUUGUCAAAUGCGUCUGAGCGUCCACCGACCGGUGAUUCAUGGGUCGCAUUUUCAUUGUACUGAAACCUUGUGUAUUUUUAUAUGUUUCUCACUGGCGCUGCGUAGUUGCGGCGGUGACUGCAGCAGUUCUUGAGACACUCACUGUGACAGCAACAACAACAACAACAACAACAAAACAAAGUAAACAAAGAAAAAAUAUAUAGCAAUGGCAGUAGUGGACGUAAUGGCGCGCACAGCCGCAUCAGCGAAAUGAACAGCAAAAACAACAUGAUAAAGAACAGUUUAUAUAAUUAUAAUACAAUUUAAAAGUAAAAGUAAUAAAUAAAAAGUUUAAACCGCUAAAAUACAUAUACAUACAUCAUAUAUUAUAUACAUAUAUAAAUAUAAUUAUAAUAAUAAUGAAACGGCAACAAUUACUGCUACAACUACCAAUAUUAGUACAUAUUGCAACUACAACUACUACUAUUAAAUACAAAAUAAAUAAAAGUAAUACCACUAAAGCAAAAAAUACAAACCAAUAAAUAAACAUAAUUUAUUUUUUACACUACAGUUACGAUUGCAACUACAAUAAUAAUAACUGAAAAUAAAAUUACAAGCAAAAAACACAAGAAACAUCAAGCGAUAAUAUAAUAAGUGCAUACAUACUACAAUUUAUUAUUAUAUACAUAUAUACAAGAAAUAAAAAAUAAAAAUAAAACUAAAAAGGUAAUAAAUUAAAAAAAAAAAUAAAAUUGAUAACUGCGAAAAUGGUUAAAGUUAGUUAUAAACAAAUUAUAUAUACAUACAUACAUACUACUAUUAUAAAAAUAUAAAUGAAACAAUUUAAAUAAAAUAACUAGUUAAUUUAAAGACUCCUUCUGUGCUGCACUGCUAUUAUUUCUGUUUUCUCAAAAUAAUUAUGCAACUAAUGUACAAAACCCAAAACAGCAACAACCACAAAAUUUAACUAAACACACAUACAUACAUAUAUACCUAAAUGCGCGCAUACUUUUGUAAACACUGCAAUUUUUUGUUUGUUUUGAUUGUCGCAAAAACUUUUUUGUUUAUACUUUUACAUUAAAAACCGUUAAACCGUUGUGCUGUGCGCUUUAAAUUAAUGAUUUGUAGACGAUUUUUAUGUUUCUUACACAACAUUUUUCCAUAUUCAGUUACUAUGUAACAUUUAUGUGAGGUUACUUACACACAUACACAAACAAUAAAAUAAGCAAAACAACCAAACAAAAACAAAAAGCAAAAGCAGUUAUCUAUAAAGUUGCCAAGGCAGUAGAAAAAAGAAACGAAAAGUUAAUAAUAAAGGAUGCUACUACAAAAAUAUGUAAAUUAUUUCAAAAUUUGCUAAAAAUUUUUGUAAUGUUUCAAGCAACACAACAAAAAAAAAACACUCGAAAUGGCCGACACCAAAAACAAUGCUGGAACAUCGAUUUUUUGCAGCGUUGCAACGUGAUAUUUUAAAAGCUGAAUGCGUUCCAAUGCCUGCUUCGGAUGAGCAACUUUCUUUGCAUUUGACGCCGAAUUCAGUUUAGCGCGGCAAUGAGUGGAUAUUACAGCGCUGCUGUGGUCGUGGGCCAUUGCAAGGCAAGCAUAUACCGUUAGCACGAUAGAAUGAUACAAAAACAAAGAAAAGAAAAAAAAAACAUUUUUUAGCAAACGUAAUGUACAAACAGCGAAAAUAUAUAAUUUAACUGCGACCAUGCCACAAGCAUAGUUAAAUAUCAACUAGCGUAAAUAGGUUAUCAAUUGUGUAAUUUGUUUGAUUCAAGAAAAGAAAAUACAAUAAUAAAAUGUGAAAAAACUCCCGAACAACACAAAUGUUGAAACGUUCACCAGUUGUAAAUGUUAUUUGUUUGUUUUCCUCAUGCUCAUUUCACCAUAUAACCAUAUACACAGUACAACCAUAUAUACAUACAUACAUAUAAUUUACCGACAGUUUUCGUUAUUAGUUUCAAAAAUAUCACAUUUUGUUUGGAAUUCGAAAAUAUUUGUUACUGUGUUGUUGUGCUCUCUACAACAAACAUUUAAAAUAAAACAAAAAAAAAUUAAUUAAACAUUUUUAUAUGUCUGAAGAAAAUAAACUCAAAACCACGCCAAACAAUUCGAAAAUUUUAAGCAGUUUUGAGUAGCAUUGAUAUAAACCUUCUUUUGUUUAUUUCUGAUUUUAAAUAGCCAAAAAGUUGAUUGAGGUUAUGUUAAACCUAAAUGCUGCAACCUAACCUUACUUUCGACGUAGACGGUGUUGUGCUUUGCACAAUUUUAAAUACAUUUCGUACGAAGCUUUCGCAACUAAGUAUUUUUGAAAAACUAUACGUUUAGAAUUGCUUUUUUACAUACAUACAUUUAUAAUAAAUUGCGAAAUAGAAAAACAAAACACUUUUCGAAAUAUUGUAAAUAAUUUUACACUGAAAUAUUUAUUAUUUUAAAUGUUUGUUGAAACAGAUUGAUAAUUAUUUUUUAUUUUAAAAAUUGUUUUCGAAAAGUAUUUAACCGUUUAUUUUACAAUUUACUGAAAUCUUCACUUUAUAUUUAGCAUAUUUUGGAGUCCAUAAAUAAUUUUGUUUAUUUUUUUUACCAUGUUUCAGAAAACUUUUUUUUCAGGUUAGAUUGAAAAGAUUUUAAACUGCAAUUUUAAGUUUAAAAAAAAAUAAAAAUUUAAGUUAUAGCUCGAAAGGCGCUAAAAACAAGAAGCAAUUAGUGAAUUGAAUAUAACUAAAAAUUAUUACUAAUUAAAGAAGAAACUGUAAAUGUUAUGGCGUCAAAACUAACCUCAAAAUACAUAUGUCCGAAUCACUGACAUUACGAAAUAGGCAUGCAAUAAAUUAUUACAAAAAUUCACGUGUGCUGGUUUUCUCAAUACUAUAAAUAAUAAAUAGAGUACCGUUACUUUGUUGAAAAAUAGAAAAAAACUGCAAAUCAAAGUGACUGAACAAGCGAUGGCAGUUGAGAGCACUGUUUCACAAAACAUAUAGUCUUCGUCGAAUAAGGAAAGAAAAUAAAUAAAUAAAAAUUAGCUUGAAAUCAUGCGCAGAGAAACGAAAUGUAAUAAAAAAAAUUUAUAUGAAAUUCAAAACAUAAAUAAGAAGCAACUUUUUUGAUAUUUUUAUACACGCAAUGAAUUAAAAAAAGUGAAUUAUAGAUGAACCAAAAAAGAAAAAGAAAAACAAAAAUAAAUUAAGUGAAGAAAAUUUUUGAUGAACAAAAAGGAUUUGAAGCAGCGUUCAAGAGAGCGGAAGAGUGGCUGGCAGAAGGUUUUUCAAAAAAUCGGGCAUAAAUUAAUAUUAAAAUGCUUGCUGGUGAAGCAAAAAAACUAAAAAAAAAUAAUCAUAUUUAAAUCAUAAAUUAUUUAAUAAUUGAAAAUGUUUAAUGCUGAGUAAUAGUGUAGAAAUUGCAGCAUGAAAAAAUUAAAGAAAACUACAUUUUGGCUUAAAGUUUAAGAUCAACAAAAAAAUUAAACAAUUUUGGCAUUGCGCAUAGCGUAAAUGAAGUAAGGUUUGGCAGAAAAAAAUGCGAAGACACUGCAAAUAAAACGCGCAAAAUAUUUAUACGAACUAGUAAAGGCAAACAAAAAUUUAAAUACAAAAGAUGAAAUGCUUUAAAAAGGACUUGAGAUGCGUUAAAUAUACGAGAAAGUAUAAUUUUCAAAAGUCGAACACAGUAGUAUACAAAAUUUUUCGAAAAUAAGUAAACUAAAAAUUAUGAUAUAUUGCUUUGUGCAAAAAAAUAUAAAUAUCUAUAUAUUUUUUUGGAAUAAGUGUGGUAAAUUAAAAUAAAAGUAAGAACAAUUUUCGGAACUAGUAGUAACUGUAAUUAAUGUAAUGCUUUCAACUAAAAUUUUGUUAAUUUCAAUUUUUUUCAAAGUAAAUGCGUUAAGUGUGCGUAAUAAUAUUUUCUUUAAAAAUCGAACACAGUUGUAAACACAUUUUUUGCAAUUGCGAUAAACAAUUUGGUAGCAAUACAUUAACUUAUACAACUUUUUUUCGUUUAAUGUGAAAAUAUGCUUUAGUAUAUUCCAAAAAAAAGUUUCGAUAAAAAAAAAACUUAAUAUAAAUUCACGAUUUUCGAAAAUUAAUUUUUUGUCUUUUUUUCAUUUAAUGGAAAAAUAUACUAUAGUAUUUGCUAAAAAAUGUAAUUUUCAUAAAAAGAAACAAUUAUGAUUUUCGAAAAUUGAUUUUUGGUGGGCAUUGAUAACAGAAAUGAAAAGUGUAAACUUUUUUGUUUUUGUUUUUAAGUAAUUGUUACUACAUACAUUGAAAUUUCUUUUUCGUUGCUUGCACAGUUGUAGGGAACACUUUUCGAAAAUGAUUUUGUAAAACAAUGUAAUACCAUAAACUAAAACUGUUUUUAGAAGUUUUUAGCUAUUUAUUUUUGUUUGGGUCAAAUACAAGUUUGAAAUACAAAUGUGAGCAGUCGAUCUGCAAAAAUAUUUUUUUAGUAGAGGCAAAUUGGAAAAAAAUAGAGUAAUAAUACAAAAGUGCGUAGUCGUUUCUCAAAAACAAUUUUUUCGAAGAGGUAAAUUAAAAAAAAAAAAUAAAAUAUAUACAAAUUUGCAAUUUACAGCAGUUGCCACCCGUUUACUCUUUAAAAAAGUAACAAAGAUAGAUUUAGAUUAAUUUCGAAUUUUCUUCGACAUCAAGUUUCACAUGCGACUACUCACUUUUAGCUCUGUUAUAAUGAAUAUAAAGUCGUAAGCAGAUUGCUGGAUGCCAUGUAUUUUUAUUGUUUAACACUAUCCCCUCCUAAACAAUUUAACCCUUAUACACUAUAUACAAAUUUCGAACAUCUUGCGACAAGUUGAAGAAGCGCUUAGUUCAGUAAGUUUUACUUGUUUAUAAUUUUGAAAAUAUUUCUUUUAAGUAAUGUAAAAAAAAAACAAA